AUGGGACAGUGCGUUUCUGAAGGCACAAAUUUCCAUGGGUCAGGGACGACUCUUCCUUUCCCCACUCUCUCAUGUUUGAUGGUCGGAACCAUUUUCGAGUCGAAAUUCCCCUUCUCCCUGAUCUUAUGUCAAUGUAUUGAUUUUGACGUUUCAGGGGUUUCUUCUGUAAUUAGCCAACAGUCUCUACCGUGCUUUCAUCUUCAAAUCCAUCCUUCUGCGCCCUGCGCCAAGGUGAAUAGGAAAGCUAAUCAAUAAAAAGUUAUUUUAGCCUUUUUUAGUCCGUAUGUCUAGCAAUAGUGGUCGUGAUACAGCUGGAGGCCUACCACAACGAAAUCAAGACACCACUGCCAAAAAGCGACAUUCCGGCCAUGAGACCCCAGGUAGAUCUCAACUCGUUGGAGUAACCUUGCGUACUUCAGGUGAAGAGCCAACAAGUUCGAAAGUGAGAAAGGUUACCCGGACAGCUCAGGCAUGUUCUUCCACUAGUCAGAGUACCUCGACAGAAGUUUCAACCAAAAAGAGUUCAGAGUUACGCUUUUUGACAGAUUUUUUCCCGGAGCAAGAUCAGUCCAGGCCUUUGACGAGGUCUCGGACUAGAAACGUGGGGGAUAUUCGACCUUCGACUUCAAAGUCUCGUGGAAGGAAGAGUCGAUCCAGAAAAGACAAGCCGCUUCAAGAAAACAGGGCUAACUCGCCGUCAUUGGACGAUCAGCAGUUGUAAGUUAAAAACAAUCUCUUCAGCUUCGUUCUAGAUCGAAUCUAACCGUUCCGGAGUCCGAAGUGAGUGGAUUCUCGGUAACCUCGGUGUCAACUUCUGAUACGGGUCAUACAUUUGUCUCGGCGGUAAGAGUUUGUAACAUUCCUUCUAGAGCUUUAUAACAAGUUCUUAUUGAACAUUCUUAUCGAAAAACUUCGCAGGCUGGGAAUGACUAAACCAGGGGUGGCCAAGCUUAUGAACUAGGGUUGUUAAGUCGUCAACUUGAUCACGUUGUCAAAUUGCCGUCAUUUUCGUCAUGUCAAAUUGCACUGUAUUUCGAUUGUCAAAUUGAAUUUUUUGGUAGAUUUUUGCCAAAAAGUCAUUGGAAAUUUUUAGAAACUAAGUUGCUCUUUCUUGUCAAAACGAUCUAUGAAAUGAGCGGUAACAAGAUACGAUUAAUAUUAACGGUAUUCGUCACAGUCUGUGUUAAACUAGCGUGCGAAUUUUUGUGUAUCAUAAUUUUUAAUUCAGCCAAAAUUGACGACAAUUUGACGUUUGCCGUCACACGUUAUUGCUUUAAUCCUCAAAAAAAAUUUCAUAUGCAUUUUAUUUUGUAAAUUAGACAUCGGUUGCAGAUAGAAGUAAGAGAAAGUGCAGAAUCAGAAGAACCGACGUUUGUGAGCGGGGAAGAGAGCACGAGUACAGUGAUAAUGUCCUCCAUGGGUUCCCAAGACACCGAAAACGUUGAAGAAAAUGCAUCCAAUCAAGGGUUCGGCGCUCUCAAUAUCAAUCGGGAAGGGCAGCCUGUUACACAAGCUUCCCAAAUAUUGGCUCGGUAUGUUGCGCAACUUUUUUAACAGAUUUUUUGCUCUUCAUUCGCAUUUAUGGUUUUAUUCAGAUCUCAACACGUCCAAAGAGCCUCAGCGUUUCUCGGCAGCUUAGUUCCCCGGAUGCAGCAUCUCUUGGGAGGGUCUAGUGGGGCUGCUUUCAGUCAAGCUAUGGCCAAUGAUUAUGUUCCUCGUAAGUUGUCUCCGGUUCAUGUCAUUCUUUUGUUAAGAUCUGCGUAUUGUAUCCUUACUGGAAGAACUAAGAAGUGAGAAUGAAAUUAAGCAGUCGGAGGCAUGCAACGAGAUAUCAGAGAUGUUACUUCUUGGGAACGAAGAAAGUCUUCCCAACUUCCCUAUCAGAGAAUUGGUUCUAUGCUUGGUCAACUUGAUAAACAAGGAUCACAAUUUUGAGUUGGUGAGUUACCACUCCUUUCGAAUUUAUUGUAUGCUUUCCAGAUGUUGAGCGCAUCGCGUUGCAUUAGCAAUCUCCAGGAGGCAUUGCCCAGAUCUCAUUCCGUUUUGAUCGAAGCCAUUCCCGUCCUUCUGCAAAAGUUGAAGAAGAUCGAAUACAUUGACGUAGCUGAGCAGGCUCUGAUUAUUUUGGAAGUGAUAUCCAGAAGAAAUGCCAAGAACAUUCUAGCUAAUCAUGGAGUGCAAGCUGUCACAUCUCAUGUUGAUUUUUUCUCUGUGAGCACUCAACGCCUGGCUUUUCAAAUAGCCGCAAACUGUGCUGGUUAUGUAAGCCCUACUGACUUCCACAUGGUCCAAGAUUGUUUGGCUGACCUCACCCAGCGUCUUCACAUAGAUGACAAGCGAUGUGUUGAGUCUGUCUGCACAUUCUUCAACCGGUUGAUAGAGAAUGUUCGUUAUUUCCCUCAUCGUUUGAGACAAAUUGCUGGUAAAAAUCAUGAGCUCCUACAGAUUUUUUUGAAUUUGGUAAGUAGAAAUUUUGUAAUUCAAUUUUUGUUAUUUAGUUAUCUGCUCAACCGCUGCAAAUCAGCUCAAAUACCUUCAUGAAUAUCAUAAAAUCUCUCCGGUACAUGAUCACCAACUGUGGAGAUCUGGCUGUAUCUCUGUAUUUUAUGGAAAUCAGCAAGGUUAUCAGAUUUUUGUUGAUCGGAAACGAGAAGGGGGACUCUACUGAUUGUGGAUAUGCCGAUGCUAUCACAUCGAGACCUUCACAGCAUUUGCGUGAGAUCGUUGAUCUCUGUGGGGAAUUGUUACCUCAACUACCAAGCACAGGAAUCUUUGAGAUCAACAAUUAUAUGGAGCAGUAUGUCAACUCGAGCAUGUACAUUCAGAACACUCGAAAUCGACCACAGAAUACUACCGCGUCAUGGAUGUUUAAAAGCGUCGAAUCAGGUCCUCAGAAUGGCCAAUGGGUCAUGUUUCCACAGAAUGACCAGCUAACCCUGGAAAGAAAUCGAUCUUUGGGUGCGACUUUGGUCACUCUAGAAAUCAAUGGGCAAAUUGCUGAGAUCGACAUGAUGGCAUCUGUUUGUAGAUUUGUCAGCAGCGGGAUACACACUCCUAUCACCAGAAAAGUCACCAACGAUACACGUAUGUGUUUAAUUUUAUUUUUUUGAAGUUUGGUUUUUGUUGAAACUUUGUCUUUUUAGAAGAUCAGAGAGAUGGCUUGAAAGGCGAGCAAAUCAAACUUCUUUUGGAGUGUGCCGUUUCCAUUUUCCCUUUGCUCGUGGAGAUUGGCUCUAGUUCUACUUGUUCCACUCUUCGGUAUGACAGCAUGAGAGUGAUGUUGAGAAUGGUGUACGCAGUUGAUGGGAAAGAUCAGCUCCUUACAUUUCUGAAGGAAGUGCCUUUGGCCAGCUACAUAUCGAAUACUCUUUCUACCAGCAAGAACUUGGCCUUGGUUUGUCUGGCUAUUCAGAUGACACAUGUUCUUCUGGAUAAGUUGCCUGGUUUGUAUACUCCUCUCUUUGAAGCUGAGGGUAAGUUUUUUUGAUUUGUAUUUAUUAUAUUUGAUCUUUAGGGGUCUUCUUUGAAAUGACCAAACGCAGUGAAAUGGAUUUGACCGUCAAAAAGAAAUCGUUAACUCCUCCUUCCGAAGUUUGCGUGGCCGAAGAACAAAGAGCCGAGGAUUCCGCAGUAGGCACUCCAGCAGUAGCCGCUCUAGGACGUUUGUUGGCUGCUAGACAAACCCAGCCAUCAGCCUCCAUCAUAAACCAGCAAUUGGGACUUCCAAGUAAGAAAUCGUUUCCAUUGUACAGGGUGUUCCAAAAAAUAGAAACUUUUUUAUAGCCAUCUUUUUUCUAACAAUUCGGCAAAAGUAACGGUCAUUCUCAAUAACGUAUGGCAUUGUUUAUGACAUAUUCAACUUGUUUCACGGUGACUGCCUUUGGUGGCGAUAUAAAGCUCCAAACGUGACUUAAAAUUUUGGGCUCGGGGCCGCAGCUUUUUUUCAAGGAAGUCGGUCCCGUUCUUGGCGCAGCGAUUACUUUGCUACUCAUAAGUUUUGUGGCGUAUAGUACAGGUGUUGGCCUGCAAUUGAUCGCAAACGGGGUGAAAUGGGGAAAUUUCUUAAUAAUCGAAGAUUUUGCUGCUGAUGAUCUCCCGGUUGACAGAAGCGCUGGAGGUGCAUUUUAUUUCACUUCCUGUACGCUUUCUGUCGUUGUCAAGCUAUCGUGUGGCUUUAUAUACCGUCCAAAUCAACGAUUAAAACAGGUCCGAAAACAGUUCCAAAAUCGCAGUCCCUUUCUUUGACGUUUUUAAAAAAAUGUAACUCAACUGAUAAGGACAGAAAAAAACGGAGUUUAAUGGUAAAAAUAUGCCUACAUCUUAAUAUUUUCGCUCUGGAUCCUUGAAAAAAGUUCCCAUUUUUUUGGGAUACCCUGUAUAUAACUGUAGCUCUUACUACGUCUUGUCUAUUACUUGAGUUUUUUUCGCUUGAACUGGUCUGGACUUUUUGAUGUAUAAUUGCUGAUUUCAGCAAUAACUUUGCCUAAUAUAUCGUCCUUUGCGAUGACGCUAAGCCAACCGUAUGAUCCAAGCGUCCAUUCGAAUUUAGUUGUGACGAACGCAUCUACUUUAUCUCAUACUCCCAAUCUACGCUACAACGACGCUUCUAGGGCCGCGCUACAGCCUCAUUUCUUUUCAGCGGUUCCUCUACAGAAUCCUACGGCCACAUUAUAUCAGAGCCUUCAAAAUGCCGUCAGUUCAGCGUAUUCAAACUCUGUGUAUGGCCUCAACUAUGCAUCGAUUGCCAAUUCAAUGGACUACGUGACUUCUACCUACACAACUCAUUCGGCGACCGUUUCCUCGUCUUCUACCGCGUUGAAGACUGAAGCCAUUGAGAAGUUCGGAUCCUUCAUUAAAUCUGAAUCGGAACAGUUGGUGAAAAGAUAUAAGGCGACUGCCAAAGGACCUUCUCAAGGCUCUGAUGAUGUUGAUCUGUUAAGAGAAAUUUCGGAAAGGCUAAAUUCAACCAAGAACUGCGGAAUUGAACCCUUGAGGGAUCUGGCCAAUAUCAUUGUAAAGCGGGACAUGAGCGCCUUCCAUAUCAACCAUUCCGGGAUCAUUCCAGCACUUACUGCGUAUUUAUGCGAAACCACGAAACGGGAGCCUGACCGGUUGUCUCGACUGAGGAGAUUUGCUUCUGUGUUUAUGUUGUUAUCUGUAAGUUAUAGGGUCUAUAGGGUGUUUCAAGAAAUUUUGAAAAAAACUUGCGAAUAUUUUUAUGCUCUCAGCUAUCCAAGAAGUUUAAGUUUUAUUUUUAAAGUUCGAAGCCGUGCGUUUUAGAAUAUGCAUAAGAAAAUUUUCUCGCAUCGGCGGAGAUAUUUGACGUCUUUUUCGAAAAUUACACCUCGUUACACAGCCCAGUCAGCUCAUUUUUACAUCUGGUAAGGUGUAAUCUGCCAGUCUCGGUAGCGUGAGAGGAUGUUUCAUACAUUGACGAAAGAAGAUUUUUCAAUUAGAUUAUGCCAAGCUUCCAAAACGGGCCCGCCGGUAAAAAAGUCUCCACCGAACCUUCACCAAUGUGCGAAACAUCCGGCAAGUUACCAAGAUUAAUAGGUUACAUUCUUCAAGAUAUGACAAACCUGUUUUCAUCCUAGUACAAAAGUCUGGGCUUUGUGACAAAGUGUAAUUUUCAAAAAAAACAUCAAUUUUUUCGACGAAAAAAGGUUCUUCGCCGAGACGAGAAAACAUCCUUAUGCAUAUUCUAAAAACGCACCACUUCGGAUUUUAAAUACGACUUGAAGUUUUUUCAAAAUUUCCUGGAGCACACUGUUGAGAAGUGACGUGCUUGUAAAGCGUUUUCUUCAUACCAUAACUGAAUUUUCUAGCCUGACAAUUUACGUCCAGUGGGCGAUGAUGAUCAUUUCCCAGCCUUUAAUCGAUUGGUUUCUAAAGUUGUACUGGCAAUAGAACGGGUCGAACAGUUCAAUGUGCGGGUCACAAAUCUCAGUGGGAAUGUUUCCCAUUUAUCAAAUUCUUCUUACACAUCGUCAAAUUCCUCUAAUGUUUUGUCUGGAAUCGGGUCCAGUGCUUAUCUUAGAGGGGCCCAGGCUCUUCGUUUCUUUCAAUCUCACCAAAUACGAUGUAAUCUCAGAAGACAUCCGUCAUGCAAACAUUUGAGGGAGUGGAGAAGAGGUCGAGGUUCCAUAAAAGUAGAUCCUUUUACUUCGAUUUCUGCAAUUGAAAGGUAUCUUGUCGACAGAGGCAUCGGAACUACUUCCCAGGACGAGGAAUCUAGUGAGAAUGAUGAUGUAAGUAACUAAGAUUGUCAUUACAUUUUGUUUUUAGGAGUCUACGUACGCCAAUCUAGCGUCCUUCAAAGGCCGAAUUGAGAUUUUGAUUGGCGACAAUAAACUCCCCUCAGACAUGUCGAUUCUGCAGGCCAUUCGACAGUACUCCUUGCCUCAUGAAGAAGACGAUCAGGAAACGAUUCCUCCAAGCAUUUGGGUUGCUGGCCACACCUUGUAUUAUAGAGCUGUCGUGGAUCCGACUCCCAUUGACGAACCGGUGCCUUCUACGAGCCAGGUUGUGGAUGAUACAGGCAGUGUACCACCAGCAAGAACAUCAAUGUCCCCAUCGAGGAAGGUCGCUAGACUUCAUAAAUCUGUUGCUAAGAAGGUGAAGGAACGAAAGACGGACAAGAAACACAAGCCGAAAGAUGAAAGAGUCAGUCUUAUGGGUAUGUUACUUGCUGAAAAGAAUAUUUUUCACGGUUUAGAUGGAGUUGUUCCGAAGAGAAGAUAUCUUCUUGAUAAGUAUCUAAAUGGAAAGCUGGACGAGGAUCUGGACGAUCCUUGCACGAAAGGUCUUGUUCUUCUAAGGACCUUAUAUGGGUUGAAUAAGUAUUGGUGGUGUAUUUAUGUCGAUGAGCGUAUCCUUCCUACUUCGUUUUUACCGAUUUUAUCGGCAAAGUAAGAAAAAAAUGGCAGCUUUGAUCCUUUUUAGCUGUUUUAUUUCCCAGAAGCUGAACUCCAAAGUCUCCCGUCAGUUAUCCGAUUUCUUGACUGUGGCCACGCAACAGAUUCCAAAGUGGACGAAAAGUGUGGUCAGAUCCGUGUAAAUAUUUUUUAAUUUCAUUUAUUUUUUUGAACCUGCGGUUUUUAACGAGUGUUAAAAGUUUCAGUCCAUUCGCAUUUUCAUUCAUCACUCGUCGCAACUUCCUCUACUGUACAGCAUUUGGCCGCGAUCGGGCUUUAAUGCAUCUUGUGAAUGAGACCAAUCCAGAUGAUCACGAAUCCGAGUCCAAUUCCCGCCUCGUUCCUCGACUCGAACGUCGUAAGAUCACGAUCAACCGUUCCAGUCUUCUGAAAAGUGCUCAAGAACAUCUCACGAAUUUGGGAAGUUCUAAGCCGCUUCUUGAGGUCAGUUUUGACAACGAAGUCGGCACUGGAUUUGGCCCCACUCUCGAAUUCUAUUCUACUUUGAGUCGAGAACUUCAGAAAGCUUCCAAUAAUUUUUGGGCCGGAACGAAAACUUUGCUGAAGAUUGAUGGGAAUGAUGAAGAGUUUAUGAGCAGCGAGAAUGGAUUAUAUCCCGCACAUCUGAUGACUCCACCCGCUAAAAACUCCGUCAAGAAGUUUGAGUUUUUGGGCCGAUUGAUGGGACAAACGCUCUUGGAUUCCAGAAUUGUAAGUAAAUUUUAAUGCCCUAAUAUGUUUUAGCUUGAUAUUCCAUUGGCCGUUCCUCUUUUCAAAUGGAUUUUGGGGGAGCAAGAUACUCUAGGUGUAUGGGAUUUGGAAGACUUGGAACCAACCAUCUACAACUCCUUGAGACAAAUGAGUAAAUUGGAUGAGGACGGCAUCAAAGAAUUGGAGAUCCCCUUCACUUAUCCCGGACAAGAUAACUUCCAUUUAUUCAAGCAUUCCGGAAACAAAACUGUCACGUAUGAAACGUUCCAACUGUUCUCUCAGGUAUUCCAAUUUAUUCCCGUUACGUCGUAGAUAGUGUUCAGUAUCUUACUUGUUGGUUUUAGCUUGUGAGUCACUGGCGCUUGGUUGAAGGAGUCAGAUUACCCAUGGAGUCUCUCAGGAAAGGAUUCCAACAAGUGAUAAAUGUCGAACAUCUGAGUAUUUUUGAAGCCAAAGAAAUGGAAUCUCUGUUCUGUGGAAGCUCGGACAAGGAGAGUGAAUCCAUGUGGUCUAAAUCUUUGUUACAUCAAUGUAUUCGUCCUGAUCAUGGAUACACUCACGACUCACCACAAAUCAUCUGGUUGGUGGAAAUGCUCGAAUCUUACGAUCGGGAAAAGGUAAGUUUGGUUUAAUGAAAAUGAACUAAUAAUUUCAUUUGUAUUCUAUUUAUUUUCAGCGUCGUAAAUUCCUUCAAUUUGUAACAGGAUCUCCCAGGCUCCCUGUUGGCGGAUUCAAAGCUCUUCAUCCUCCUCUGACUGUUGUCAAGAAGACAGCUUCUUAUGGAAACACGGAACAAGAACUUCCAUCGGCCAUGACUUGCUACAAUUAUCUGAAAAUCCCUCCUUAUGAAAGCAUGGACACGUUCAGGGAACGAUUUGACGUCGCUUUACAGUAUAUUUAUAGCUUCCAUUUGACAUAA